AUGUCCGAACACACCGAGUCGUACGAUCCCUUGAAGGUCUCCCGUUUUACCUACCGACAAUUACAAGGUUUGCGACAGGGAUCCACGGCAACCCCUCUACGCGUGAUUGCGCAUAUCGAUUUAGAUGCCUUCUAUGCGCAAUGUGAAAUGGUCCGCCUGGGGACUCCGCGGGAGACACCAUUAGCAGUACGGCAAUGGGAUUCCUUGAUUGCCAUCAAUUAUGCCGCCCGACCCUUCGGAGUUAGUCGAUUGAUUAAUGUCGCAGAGGCUAGAAAACUUUGUCCAGACCUCGUCUUACAGCAUGUCGCGACUUUUCGAGAGGGAGAGGGAGGACGGUGGGCAUAUCGGGAUGAUUCCUUCAGAAGCAUCAGCACAGACAAGGUGUCACUGGAUCCGUACCGAGCGCAAUCGCGAAAGAUUCUCCAGACCAUGAAGGAGGCUUUGGCCACAUGGGGUACCGAUGACACGGAAGUCGAAUCUCAUAAUCCGAAGCAAGAUCUCUCGGCUGUGUUGGAGAAAGCCAGUAUUGAUGAAGUAUUCAUUGAUUUGUCUCCAUUGAUAUAUAGGGCGCUUCUUCAGAGAUAUCCAGAACUUCAGAUGGAAACACAAGACGAGAACCGAGAUGCACAACUGCCUAUACCGCCAAUUACAGCCUUGCAGUGGGACACCGACUGCUUGGUGGACCUGGAUCAGCAUGAGACAGAAGAAGAUGAUCCAGACUGGGACGACGUUGUCAUGUUGAUAGGAUCCGAGAUUGUACGAUCGGUGCGGAACGCAGUUUGGGAAAAGCUCAGCUACACCUGCUCCGCUGGGCUCGGCCGCAAUAAGAUGAUCGCAAAACUAGGAAGUGCUUGCAACAAGCCCAAUCUACAAACUGUUGUGCGAAAUCGGGGGGUACAGAAUUUCCUAAAUGGUUAUAAGUUUACUCAGAUCAGAAUGCUGGGUGGUAAACUCGGCGAUCAAAUAACUGCCGCCUUCGGGACAGAGAAAGUCAGCGAGCUUCUUAACGUACCGCUUGAGCACUUGCGUACUAAGCUGGCUGACGACACGGCGUCCUGGCUCUAUGGGAUUAUUCGUGGUGAUGACCGUACCGAGGUCAACCCCCGAACCCAAAUUAAAUCUAUGUUAUCCGCGAAAUCUUUCAGACCGAGCAUCAACUCAGUCGACCAAGCCGAGAAGUGGCUUCGUAUCUUCGCAGCCGAUAUAUAUGGCCGGCUUGUGGAAGACGGCGUGCUUGAAAAUAGACGUCGUCCGAAAGUGAUUACCAUACACCAUCGAACUGCGCAAUUUCGUUCUCGUCAAAUCCCAAUUCCAGGUUCUAGCGCAAUUGACGAGAACCUUCUCUACGAUCUAGCCAGUACUUUACUUCGUCAAGUCGUGGCUGACGGAAAGGCAUGGCCCUGCUCCAACCUGUCCUUGAGCGUGUCAAGUUUUGAAGACGGCGUGAGCAAUAACAAAGCUAUUGAGGGCUUCUUGAUUCGCGGUGAUCAAGCAAAAGCUCUGAAUCAUUCUUCAAGGCCCCGAGAUACCGAUGAUUCCCCCAGUGAACAAGCCUCAACCGAGAAAAGGCGAAAGCUUGAUAGAGAGGGGAGUAAAAUUAAAAAUUUCUUUGGAAAUUCAUCACAUCCUGAAGAUACUGGUGCAGAUGAGCGAGACAGUCCCCAAGAACCUGCUGAAAUGGACCCCAAACUGAGUGGAAUUCCUCAGUUCGUCUGUCCACGGUGCUCUAAGUCGAUGAUCGAGUAUGAAAAAGAAGAACAUGAUGAUUGGCACUUUGCCAAGGACCUUGCGAGCCAGGACAGAGAGGAGGCAAAAGCUUCGCAGCCGCCACCACCCACGAAAAGUAAUGCACGUGGUACAUCUGCUCGUGGAAGAAGUGGUCGAGGCGGAGGGGGUCGAGGCAAGCCUGAAAAGGGGCAGAUGCGACUUGCUUUUCAGUGA